AUGGCAGGAGCCCGGCGAGGCAUUUGCAGCUCGCCUCUCUCGUCUGAUGACGAAGCAGCGAAUCCAUCCUUACAAUCCUUUCCAGAAAUAUCUCCAUCACCUGCAGCACCACAAAAAAAAGCUCGCAAGUUUGUGAGAAAGAGAACGCCCAAAGCGAAGAGAACAAUUCUACAGAACAAGAAGCAGAAGCUUAGCACUCGACCGAGCACUAAAGAAUUAGUUCAAUGCGCGCCACAGAAAUUUGUCGAAUAUCUCGCUGAUCAAUUAAGUAUUGCACAACAGACAAGGUAUGAGGCUGAGUUUGGUGGCGAACGAGGCUAUAUUGUGAAGCUACCUGUAUCUAGUGGAAAGUUGGUGCGAAAGCGAAGUGAACUGGAAGACUGGAUUCGAUCAUUAGGCUUUCUAUUCCACUCUCCAUCAAAUCAUUAUAUGCUGCGUAUAUCUAAUUUAAAAGCGGAUGUUAUAUUGAGUGAAUUGAAGCAUCGAGUGCCUUUACCUGCUAAUGCAACGCAUCCAACUCUACUUCGGAUGACUCAAUACUACAAGGAAUUGGACACACAAAAAAUAGAUUGUACAUCACCUUCGACGAUUCGUCGAUCGUUAUCGUCAACACAGCAUAGGAUGAUUGCUGAUGCAAUGGAAGUUAUGCUUGCACAGCCUUCAGUUCGAAAAGACCGUCGUAUUGCGAGGCGGCUAUCAAAGCUGGAAAGGAUAUCGGGUCGUCUACUGCAUUCAAUUGCAAAAGCGCCAUCCGCCAUGUCAUUUUCAAAUUCUCGAACAGAUAGUAUGGAACAGGAUUGUGAAAUCGACAAAGCAUUAGUUUAUCGACGCUUCUCACGUGACAAGGUGUCAUGUGUACAAAAAAGUAGUGUUUUAAGCCAAAGUGUUGUUGAGAUUGUGCUCUAUUCUGGAUUGGUGGAUGUGAGAGCUUCUCAAGAGACACUUCGUCAGGUUUCGACGAUGUGGGAGAAAGUUGUUGUCAUGGCGUAUGCGUGGACUAUCACCAACUACACUGAGACUGGCGACUUUUACACGACAGAGCAGCUUUACAAACAUCAUCCACAUGGCCAAUAUCUUGCGGAUGGUGCAUUUAAAGAAGUUUUCAAGGUGUUUUCGUUGGAGCAAGAUAGGUUUGAAGCUGUUAGUGUUAUGGAUAUUAGUGAUAUUGCCAAUCAGAGCGUGAUUCGUCAAGAGGUGGCGCAUUCGAUUUUGCUGUCCGAUGCAACUGAGCGCGGUAUUUGUCCCAACUUUCUUCAGGUUUUCGACAUUUUUCUUGCACACGAGCGACCUUCUCCUAAUCUAUGGGGUAGUAAGGAGCACCGUAAACCGAUGGAGCUGCUGGCGAAUGGAAGUAUUGAUUGUGAGACGCAAACAGAGCAGAAAUCUGCCAGUAACAAACGCGACCAUAUUUUUCAGUACAUGCGAAUGGAGUACUGCGAUGGGGGUGAUCUUGAAGACUUCAUCAGCUUGCAAGAGAACCAGAAUUUACCACUGCACUCUGUUGCCAUACCCUUCUUCUUUCAAAUGGUGUUUGGGUUGUACUGUGCCCGAGAGAGAUUUCAUCUGCGGCAUGGUGAUAUUAAGCUGCUUAACUUUUUCUUAAAGGAUAUUGGUCGUUCCGAGAAAAUGAAGGAUCCAGGAUCUGAUGUUGUGCUGCACUAUAUGGUGGAAAGCGCUUGCUUUGUACUCCAAAUGCCUGCAUCAUUUUCCUAUUGGGUCAAGUUAGCUGAUUAUGGCGCGGCUGACUCCAAUUUAGAAAGUCUGGGGAAAGCUGUUACCGCCGACCACUUUACCACUUUGGAGAAUUCACCGGUAGAAUAUAUGUUAGAAGGUGAUGCAGCUGUGCUGUCUUAUGCUUCAGAUACCUUUUCGUUGGGCCUUUGUCUGCUGCAUUUGCUUUCAGGAAGAGCUCCAUAUGAAGAGAUUCUGGAAGAUGUCAAAUGCCCUAAAGAUCUGCUAAAGGACUUGAAGGCUGUUUGGAUGAGCUCCCGAAAAAAUUCCGGCUUUUCGGUAAUAAAAAGCGUCGCUAGUGGUGACGACGAGAACACGCUCUGCCACACUUUGUAUCGAUACAUAGUACUAUUUGGGCUACCAGAAGAAAAGCCGAGCAAAAGCGAUAAAGUGUGGCAACUGCUACUUAAACAUUUACGACCAGAGGAUAAAGCUAUAAAUCGUCCCCAACGUAGACGUCGACAACUACAAGGUUCAACCAAUGUUAUGACUACGGAAGACCAAUUCUUGCAUGACCAGUCUUUGUACUCCAUCGCACACGGCACCAACGAAGCAAUUUUCCGAUGCCGUGAAAGACUGAAGAAAGUUCCAGGCGCAAUCAACUUAUUGAUGAGUCUGGUUGAUUUUGAUCCAUCGAAGCGCCUCACGCUCAAGCAGGUAAUGUACCAUCCGGCGUUAUCAACUCUCCGCUUACCUACACCAGCAUCGGCAGAUUAUGUUAUAUGUUACUAUGGAAGCCGAGGUCAGGAUGGUCGUUCAUUAGCUGAUGUAUAG